AUGGGGGGCAAAUCCGGAUCGAAGACUGUCUACUUCGACAAGCUGAAGAGCUUGCUCGACGAGUACAAGUCAAUCUUCAUCGUCGGCGUCGACAAUGUCUCGUCGCAGCAGAUGCACGAAAUCCGUCAGUCGCUCCGCGGUGACGCGGUGGUCCUGAUGGGCAAGAACACCAUGGUUCGUCGAGCCCUCAAGGGAUUUAUUGCGGACAACCCGGAAUACGAGCGUCUGCUCCCACACGUCAAAGGCAACGUCGGAUUCAUUUUCACCAACGGCGACCUGAAGACCAUUCGUGACAGGAUCCUGGCCAACCGAGUCGCCGCCCCUGCUCGUGCUGGUGCCGUUGCACCCGGUGAUGUCUACGUCCCAGCUGGAAACACUGGUAUGGAACCUGGAAAGACAUCCUUCUUCCAAGCCCUUGGUGUUCCAACCAAGAUUGCUCGUGGUACAAUUGAAAUCACCACGGACCUCAAGUUGGUUGAGGCUGGCGCCAAAGUCGGUGCUUCAGAAGCCACGCUUCUCAACAUGUUGAACAUCUCUCCGUUCACGUACGGCAUGAAGGUUGUGCAGGUUUAUGAGGAGGGUCAGACAUUCUCUCCGGAUGUGUUGGAUAUCGAGGAGAGCCAAUUGCUCAAGUCUUUGUCCUCCGCCAUCGCGACCAUCACCACCAUUUCUCUGGCUGCCAACUACCCAACGCUGCCUUCCGUCAUCCACAGCUUGAUCAAUGGCUACAAGAAGCUUAUUGCGGUUGCAAUUGAGGUCGACUACAGCUGGCCAGCUAUCGAUGAGCUCAAGGACCGCAUUGCCAACCCUGAUGCGUAUGCCGCUGCUGCUCCGGCCGCGGCUGCUUCCACCGAAGAGUCUGCACCGGCUGCCGCUAAGGAGGAGGAAAAGGAAGAGGAGAAAGAAGAAAGUGAAGACGAGGGCUUCGGUGGUCUUUUCGAUUAG